AUGACCCUCAUAUCAAAAUCCUCAUUAAGUCCUAACGGCUGUAUGGUGCCUAAGGUAUGAAUCCAGAGUUCUCUUUGGCAGAGUUUACGGUCAUUGUCUCCUCUUCUCGGUGACACUUCCACCUUCUCACUGCCCUGGAAUUGUAGAGAAGACAGGACAAUAACCUAAACCACAAGGACAAAUGUACAUUGGAAUUGCUUACCAAGAUGACAUUGAAUGUUCCUGUGUGGCCUAGUUACAGUUUUGACUUAAAUUGGCUUGAAAAUCUAUGGCAAGACUUGAAAAUGUCUGUCUAGCAAUGAUCAACAACCAACUUGACAAAGCUUGAAGAAUUUUUACAAUCCAGGUGUGCAAAGCUCUUAGAGACUUACCCAGAAAGUCUUACAGCUGUAAUCGCUGCCAAAGGUGAUUCUAACAUGUAUUGACUCAGGUGUGUGAAUAUUUAUGUAAAUGAAAUUCUGUAAUUCAUUUUCAAUACAUCUGCAAAAAUGUCAAAAAAAAAGUUUUCUCUUUGUCAUUAUGGGGUAUUGUAUGGAAGAGUAUUAGAGCCAAGUGAAGAUAAAAAAUGUAUACAUGGUGAGGGGUGGUGGUACUUGGAUGUUUUUUAAAGAACUUUAAAAAAGUGUCAAUAUUUCGAGAAUACAGUCGCAGUUAUAUUUCAAGAUGAACAUAGGGGAUUUGGUAAAUGUCAUGUCUCCCUGGAUCCCUGUUGCUGUGCCCGCCACUGUUAAAAUGCCUGAGUUAGAUGACCUGGUGAAACUAGACUUUAGAAUUGGCUUUAGUGACAAGGACAUCCUUGCUCUUUUAGCACAGAAUAACCAUAUUAUUAUAAGUAUUAGAAACAGGAAGAGGCUGUGCCACAGAUUAUUUUCAGGAGGUGUAACCGUGGUUAAAUACUUAGGUAGAGAUGGGCUGGUUGUGUGUGUGGGUGGUAAAAAGUAGGGGCAAAACAAACAAAUGGCUAUCAAUCUAAUGAUCUAAUACACUUGCACGCACACACGCGCAUUCACACACACACACACACACAACAAGUUUCCCCCUGGACUAGACUAUAGGCCUACACUCUUCUAACGGCCAUGGUGCGUUAUGAACACACACAAAAUGCCCUUGAGUGGCCCAGCCAGAGCCUGGACUUGAACCCGAUCAAACAUCACUGGAGAGACCUGAAAAUAGCUGUGCAGCGACACUCCCCAUCCAACCUGACAGAGCUUUAGAGGAUCUGCAGAGAAGAAUGGGAGAAACUCCCCAAAUACAGGUGUGCCAAGUUUGUGGCGUCAUACCUAAGAAGACCCGAGGCUGUAAUCAGUGCCAAAGGUGCUUAAACAAAGUACUGAGUAAAGGGUCUGAAUACUUAUGUAAAUGUGACCUUUUUUUUUAUUUUUUUAUUUUACAUUUUAUACAUUUGCAAAAAUGUAUAAAAACCUGUUUUUGUUUUGUCAUUAUGGGGUAUUGUGUGUGGAUUGAUGAGGGGGGAAAAACUAUUUAAAUACAUUUUAGAAUAAGGCUGUAACGUAACAAAAUGUGGAAAAGGUCAAGGGGUCUGAAUACUUUCCGAAUGCACUAUAAGUAAUUUAUGUAACCACACAGACUUGGAUGAAAAUAGAAAGUAUUUCCUUGUUACUAAAGCCCAUUCUAAAGUAUAGUUUCACCAGGUAUAUAAUAUAUAAUAAUAAUAAUAAUAAUAUGCCAUUUAGCAGACACUUUUAUCCAAAGCGACUUACAGUCAUGUGUGCAUACAUUUUUACGUAUGGGUGGUCCCGGGGAUCGAACCCACUACCCUGGCGUUACAAGUGCCAUGCUCUACCAAUUGAGCUACAGGCAUUUCAACGGUAGCACACACAGCAACAGGGAGCCAGGGCAAUAUGCAGUUAACCAAAUCCACGACUUUAAUCUUGAAAUAUAACAUUCUCUAAAUUAAAUUAAAUCAAAAAUAUUGCCACUUUAUUCUCUAAAUAUUGCCACUUUAUUCUCUAAAUAUUGCCACUUAUUCACAAAAUCUAAUUUCAACUUUAUUCUCUAAAUAUUGGCACUUUAUUCUCGGAAUAUUGGCACUUUUUAAAAGUACUAUUAUGCCCCAAAAAUUAUCCAAGUACCACCACCUGUCGCUGUUUUUGAUAUUUUUUUUCUCUUCACUACGGUAGUGUGUGUAGAUGGGUGAGAAAAAAACAAUUUAAUGCUAUUUGAAUUGAGGCUGUAACGCAAAAGAAGUUGGAAUAAGUCAAGGAAAGGGGUAUGAAUACUUUCUAAAGGCACUGUAUUUGGAUAGAACAAGAGUUUUAUGCAAGAGUGACCAGCUCUUUGUUUCUUGGGCCCCUCUCUCAUCAAAUGCUAUCCUAUUGGUUAGUGGAGGAUAUUAUAUUGUCUUAUGGUAGCAACGGUUUACAGCCCCCGGAGGGCCUGUGGGCUCAUUCCACCAGAGGUAUGGCUACCUCUCGGGCACUGUUCAAAGGCAAUAUCUUUACAAGAGAUUUGCGAUACGGCAUGUUGGGCCACUCCUCAUACGUUUUGAGGUUUUACCGACUGGACGUCACUGCACCUUCGUUGGCGCAUACUGUCCUCAGUGUCUGAGGGGUGAUGUUGUUGGGACUACCCUAGCUUUGAAGAGCAUGUCUGCAAUAUGGGAGUUGGCCAUAUCCUCAUGUGAUACAUCGAAAAAAGUAUUUGAAAGAGAACUUAAGGUUACUUUUGUAACCCCGGUUCUCUGAUAAUAUGAGUGUGAUGUAUCACCGCAUUUCCCUGCUCGCAAGAGCACAAGGAAUAGAGGCAUGCUUGAGAAUGACCAGAGGACUGGCGAGUGGCGCCUUAUAAAGAGGGAAGGCCUCACCUCAUUCGCCACUCGAUCUGUCUGUCUCCGACAGACGUCGUGUGAUUGGUUCUUCGUGUAGUAAUCCGCCUGGAGUGAAUCCCCCAUAUGUAAUACAUCUCACUCAUAUUAUCAGAGAACCGGGGUUAUGAAAGUAACCUUAUGUUCUUUCUCUCUCUCUCCCCCUCACAGAGAAGUUCAACACGUACGUGACCCUGAAGGUGCAGAAUGUGAAGAGCACCACCAUCGCUGUCCGGGGCAGCCUGCCCAGUUGGGAGCAGGACUUCAUGUUGUGAGUCCUCUCUUUCUCUAUCACUCCAUCUCCCUCUCUUCACCAUUUCUCUCCAUGCGUCUCUCCUUUUCUUUGUCACUCCUUACCUUUCCUCUUUCAUCUCCAUCUCUCUUUAUCCUCUUCAUUUGUGUUAUGUCUCCGUCUCCGUCUCUACCUCCUUUUCCUUUCUACUGCUCUCUCAUCCAUCCUUUCUCCCUUGGUACCUCUAUCACUCACUCCCUCUCCACAUUGGCUACCUCCCAGCCCCUCUCUCUCCACUCCUCCUUCUCCUCUUCCUACCCAUUUGCUCCUUGAUCUCUUACUUUCUUCCUCCUUCCUCCUCCUCUCUUCUCCAACCGUUCCCUCAGCUUCCCUCUGCUUUCUCUUCCUCUUCUUUCAUAUAACCUUCUCUUUGGGGACGUUUCCAUUUUCAGACUUGAAUGGGGCACUUAGUAACAGUCAGUGUGCUAAUCAGUGAGUGUGGAUGGUGUAGUGAACUAGUCAGUGAGUGUGGAUGGUGUGGGUAGCUAGCUAGUGAGUCUAUACUAGUUUGACUGGUGUGUAGUCGGCUAAUGAGUGUAUACUAGCUUGACUGGUGUAUAUUGUGCCAGUGAGGGUGUACUACAUUAGGGCCGGGAAUUGCCAGGGAACUCUCGAUAAGAUAUUAUCACGAUACUUAGGUGCCGAUACGAUAUGUAUAACGAGUCUUAGGAUUCUCUGAAUUCUAUAUGUGUUGCGUUUUCAUACAGCGAUUGUAUUGCGAUUUGAUGUUCCAAACAUAUUGCUCACUAUAUGUCUGCUGUAGAGAGACAAGUGAGAGCAUGAGAAAACAAGUUUUGAUCAGUCAGGGAAAUAAAAGUGCUGAAAACAUGUUGGCUCACUAUUGAAAAAGAAUGAUGGAGAACAAGCUAUAGGAUGAAAAACACCGGAGUUUUGGCGCAUGUAUAACCAACUAGCGCUAGCUAACGCUGUCUACAGUUGCAAAUAUUUUACAAGUCAAUACUUGGAGUCAAAUAUCGAUAUAAUAUCGUGAUAUGCAACUGUAUACAAGUUUUCCCCCCAUCACUACCAGUGAGUAUUAGUUUGUCUGGUGUGUAGUGUGCCAGUGAGUGUAUACUAGUUAGACUGGUGUGUAUUGUGCUCACUAGUGGGUUAUGAAACGUGUAGGCAGCAGGCUGGCUGGCUGACUGCAGAUUAGCGUCCGUUGGGCUGCCUGUAGUGUGAUGGUGCUAGGCGUUGGGCAUUGUAAUAGUGUUGCACCACGGAAGGUGUUAUGUAAGACUCCUAUCCCUUUGUAAUGGCUCCCAGUCCCCUCCCUCAGUUACGGACACUAAUCAAAAUGGCACUUAAAAGUCACUACCCAGACUGGAAAUCCUGCUUUUUAAAUUAAAGUUCCCACUCUUUCCCUCCAGGCGCUGAAUACAAUCUCCACCUCCCUCUCUCCCCCCCCCCUCCCUCUACUCUCUAGAUGGCACUUCUCUCUCUCACAGACACACAUAUACAGUUAAACACAUGCUUUGUCUUCCCUGCUCUCCUCUCUCGUUCUCGCUCACUUUCUUGUCCCCCCCCCCCCCCCCCCCACCCCCCAUAUUUCUCUGUUUAAUAACUCCCUGUUGUCUUGUAAAGGCUGUUUGUUAGAUUCCUCCCAGGCUCUCUCUUAUAGAGACAUGUUUUCUUUUUGUUACCAUCAGACCCAUAAGUAAUUAGUAUGAAGACAGCGGUGUACCACCUGUGUGUGUGUGUGUGUGUGUGUGUCAGCACAAUGGACAGAGCGUGCCGCAGUGUGUAUAGGGGGGCUAUGGAAAGCCACUGAGGUGGUUAGGUAUGACUUGGGUUUCCUUAAAAAGCGGGGGAAAAUAAUGUGAUACGCCUUCGCCUGUAAUAUUUGAUUUUGAUUUAUAAGGGCGGGUGUCAAGUUUACCGUUCAAGCUGCUAGCUGUAAAAAGCAUUAGUGUUAUUAGCCUAAUUCGAACCAGCUAAUCUGCCACUGCCACGAUGGAUAUCAGAAAUGGAGAGCGAGGAGCAGCAGCAGCAUCAAACCACCGAGGCCACCGCCAAGUCCAGCAGCGAUGAUACUGCUGAGCUCCAGCUAGCUCCGCGUGUGCAGAGCCUACCCACCCUUCCACAAGCACCGCCAGGAUAAUGGCUCCACAGCCCCCUCCACCUCUGACUGUUCCUGAAGAUCUUGGAACAGAGGAGCCAGCCCAGGUUAGCAUAGAAUCAUACCCUAGCUGCAGGUUUUCUGUCCAAAAACGUUAAUUUAAUAGCAACUGGUUCAUAGGAAGAGAGUGGCUGGAAUACUCGGUUACUGCAGAUCCGGCAUUUUUUUCCCCCAUGUCGAAAGUUCUGUAGUAAGCUGUAGGCUAUGUUUAGGUUAUUUGGAUCUCCAUUCGUCUUUUGUUUACUGCAUUUGUUUACUGUUAAUGUAACUAGCCUAAAUAUAGAUGGUGUCAUGCCUUUAUCGAUCUGAUAUUUAGUUUACUAGGCCUACUUGUUACUGCUGUUUUGUUCUGUUCACAUUAAUUCAUUCGCAUUCGCAGUUGUGUGGGAAUUCUAAUGCAAACUAGUAUUCAGUAUUUGUUUUGCAUGCAUGAAAAACUAGGCUACUACUUUCAGCAUUUAGUUUGCAUUAUUUUUGUUAGACAGCUGUGUGUACGGCUGCAUUCACAUAGGGUGUUUGUAAUAGGUGAAUUACCCUAUCGAACUUGUAGCCUAUAUUCAUCCACAAAACAGCCUUGCUUUAGUGUGUAAGGCACUGUCCAUUGUGCUGAUACAGCGCAGCGGAGAUUUCGCGCCAACCUGCCACUUCAAAAGCACUCAAUCAAUGGUUUUGGAGUCUCGGCAUUUGAACUUUGUUUAUUGUGGUAUAGUGUGAUAUAAGCAGAAUUCAAUAUAUAUUCCAAUGCAAGAACCCCCCAAAAUUGUUCCCCCUCACCGAUUUAAAUUGCCCCCUUAGUCACUUUAUCCUGGCGCCAGGUCUGGUGUGUGUGUGUGUGUGUGUGUGUGUGUGUGUGUUAACAACGCUGUGUGUGCAUGUGUGUGAGAUGAAUCUUUACAAUCACAAUCACACAGCACAUUUUUAUGUCCCACUCUGGGCUAUUGUUUGACUCUGUUUAUGUCUCUGUUCAAUCUAAUUUCUCCUCAUCCCCUCUUUCCCCUCCCUCUCUUCUUCCACUCAGUUUAUUCCUGUCCUCCUGACACACACAGAAGUGUAUCUCUCCUCACCAUUCUCUCUCCUGCUAUCUUUCCCCUUUCUAUUCUCUCCUCUGUGCUGUCUUUUCUCUCUUUCCUUUCCGAAUGUUCUCUCUCUCUCUCUCUCUCUCUCUCUCUCUCUCUCUCUCUCUCUCUCUCUCUCUCUCUCUCUCUCUCUCUCUCUCUCUCUCUCUCUCUCUCUCUCUCUCUAGUGAGAUCAACAGGCUGGACCUGGGGCUGACGGUGGAGGUGUGGAAUAAAGGCUUAAUAUGGGACACCAUGGUGGGAACCGUUUGGAUCCCCCUGCACAGCAUCCACCAAUCAAACGUGGUACACUACACCCCCCAAUACUUACACUAGCAUACUACUUAGUAUGCCAAGUGACUAUGUGAGCAUGUCUCCCUAAGCCAUGGCAAGGCAACUCCUUGGGAUAAUGAAUUAUACCAGCCAUGGAAUUAGAAUGAGUGGAAUGAAUAAUCAGAAUGACUCACUGAAUGAGUCCCCACAGAAAGAUCCAGGGACAGACAUAAUGUUUUGUUAGCCUGAUCCCAGAUCUGUUUGUGCUGUUUUACGAACUCUUUGUGACAAUGACCGUAGAAGAGUUGGUAAGACAGCACGAACAGAUCUGGGACCUGACUAAUGUUUUUGUAUGCAGUAUAACAAUUUGGAUCUAAAUAACAAACUAACAAUGAUAAUGAAUGGUAUAUCAGGUCUAUGCAUUCUAUUUCUAUGUGUAGGAGAGUCCGGGGGAGUGGUUGACCCUGGACUCCCAGGUCAUCAUGGCGGACAACGAUAUCUGUGGAACCAAAGACCCCACCUUACACCAGCUGCUGCUGGACACACGCUUUGAACUGCCGCUGGGUGAGUGAGAGAGAGAGGGAAUCAAUGAAAGAAUUAACAAACUAACGGAUGGAUGGAUGGAUGGAUGGAUGGAUGAAUGGAUGGACAACUGAACAAACAAGGAAAUGAAUUAAUGAAUGGACAGACGAACAAUUUAAUGAAUGAAGUAAUGAAUAUACUUAAUUGACUGCAAUUUAUACCCCAAAAACGACUUGAAAUACAGCAAUGUGUCUAAUCAUAUGUGUACACAUGUCCACAAUCCACAUACACAGGCAUGCCACAGAAUCAUCUUACAGUAAACAUAAUCACACCUAAACAUGCAUUCUGAUAUUUAACUGGGUAAGGGUCCGUUUCCCAAAAACAUAAAGAUUAUUUUCAGCACUAAAAUCAUCUUAAGUCCAUUUGUAGGCAAUGAAUGGACAAUAAUCAUAAUAUGUACUUUAUGUUUUUGGGAAACUCACCCUUAACCAGUUUUAUUAGAUUCCAUGUGUCCCCAUAGAAACACACUGAUUGGCUGCUUGUGUCUUUCCCUUUAACUUCAUGCUGUGUUCUCCUAGCAUUGAUUAGGUGUCGUUUUACACUGCCUCCCGUCCCCUGGUCAAUACUGGUGAUCUGACCCUGUCUGUCUGUCUGACUGAGCACCAGUCAAGUGGGGUUCUGGCUGAAAAGUCACACUCAAUGUCAUUGGCAAGAAUAGUUUUGAGGGGAAUGGGUGUGAUAGGCUAACUACUAAUCAUCUAUUAGUGUAUAAAAGCUAUCCAAGUGAAAGCUUGGUGGAAAGCUUAAUGGUAACUGCUAGCUGUGUGUGUGUGUGUGUGUGUGUGUGUGUGUGUGUGUGUGUGUGUGUGUGUGUGUGUGUGUGUGUGUGUGUGUGUGUGUGUGUGUGUGUGUGUGUGUGUGUGUGUAUGUGUGUGUGUGUGUGUGUGUGAACGAGAUUCUAAACAUCUUAGCGGCAUUACAGAUGUGUGUCGCGAGGGGACAUGCCUAUGUGUGUGUGUGCUGGUCAGCUGUGUGAAUAUAUAUAUAUUUGUUUUCAGAUAUCCCUGAGGAGGAGGCACGCUAUUGGGCCAAAAAACUGGAGCAACUCAACGCCAUGAGAGAUCAGGACGUAAGCUGUUGUCGAACACAUAUUUAUGGAUCACCCUCUAUUAUACAGUAGACUGAGUUUUCCCACUCUCUUUACGUAUUUUCACUUUAUUGAGACAGAUUUAAAAUGACAGAGGAUACAGGCAUGUGGGACAAAUAGCUUGAAGAGUUGGAACAGGGAUUGAACCCAGGUCUCCGGUGGGAGAGGAGUACAUGUGGUUAGAGUUGGGAAGCAUUACUGGUACACCUCGGGCUCUGCACAGUAGAAUGACUUAUGUGUUUAAUGGAAGCCUCUCCAACAUAAUCCAGGUAGAAUCAGGAAUUCCCCAGGGCAGCUGUCUAGGCCCAUUACUUUUUUCAAUCUUUACUAAUGACAUGCCACUGGCUUUGAGUAAAGCCAGAGUGUCUAUGUAUGCAGAUGACAACACUAUACAUGUCAGCUGCUACAGUGACUGAAAUGACUGCAACACUUAACAAAGAGUUGCAGUUAGUUUCAGAGUGGGUGGCAAGGAAUAAGUUAGUCCUAAAUAUUUAUAAAACUAAACGCAUUGUAUUUGGGACAAAUCAUUCACUAAACCCUAAACCUCAGCUAAAUCUUGUAAUAAAUAAUGUGGAAAUUGAGCAAGUUGAGGUGACUAAACUGCUUGGAGUAACCCUGGAUUGUAAACUGUCAUGGUCAAAACAUAUUGAUACAACAGAAGCUAAGAUGGGGAGAAAUCUGUCCAUAAUAAAGCGCUGCUCUACCUUCUUAACAGCACUAUCAACAUGGCAGGUCCCACAGGCCCUAGUUUUGUCACACCUGGACUACUGUUCAGUCGAGUGGUCAGGUGCCACAAAAAAGGACUUAGGAAAUUUGCAAUUGGCUCAGAACAGGGCAGCACGGCUAGCCCUUGGAUGUACACAGAGAGCUAAUAUUAAAAAUAUGUGACUUCACUACUUGUAUUUAUGAGAGGUAUUGACAUGUUGAAUGCACCGAGCUGUCUGUUUGAACUACUGGCGCCCAUGCAUACUCCACAAGACAUGCCACCAGAGGUCUCUUCACAGUCCCCAAGUCCAGAACAGACUAUGGGAGGCGCACAAUACUACAUAGAGCCAUGACUACAUGGAACUCUAUUCCACAUCAAGUAACUGAUGCAAGUAGUAAAAUGAGAUUUAAAAAACAGAUAAAAAAACACCUUAUUGAACAGCGGGGACUGUGAAGCAACACAAACAUAGGCACAGACACAUGCAUACACACACAUGAUAACAUACCCACCAUACACACACGUACACAUGGAUUUUGUACUGUAGAUAUGUGGUAGUGGUGGAGUAGGGGCCUGAGGGCACACAGUGUGUUGUGAAAUCUGUGAAUGUAUUGUAAUGUUUUUAAAAUUGUAUGAACUGCCUUAAUUUUUGCUGGACCCCAGGAAUGGGGAUCCAUAAUAAAUACAAAUACAAAUGUGUAUGUAUUUCAGAUAACUAACCAGUACUCAUACCAAGAAGACCAGGAGCGACCACUUCCUGUCCCAGUGACACAGUGCUGUGAGUAAUCCACCAAUCACUGGGCUUGUCUGAUAGACAUGUGUUAGGGAUUAACCAAUGAGAGUCAACUAUUUGAUAUCGCCCUGUCAGUUCAGUGAGAGGUAUUUGGAUUGCACAAGAGUUUGUUUAUGUGUGUGUUUGUGCGCGUGCGUGCAUGCCUAUUUCCUGUGUGUGUUUGUGUGUGUUUGCAUGUCAGUGUGUAUCCACAUUGAUAAAGUGAAACAUCAAUAUGAGUAUCAGAUAUACAGAGGCACUGGAUGCAGAGUUUCUGGUGGUGUCAGAAUUUACUGGGCGUGCUGACACAGCUCUCAGGGAGAGGAGGCAGACACUGGGGCUAUGGCUCUUCCUGUCUGCCUAUGACCCAUCUCACAGACAGACAAGCCCCACUGAGUCUUCCUGCGUACACACACACACACACACACACAUACAUGCACACAAACACACACAGAGAGCUCAGCAAACUAGCCUCCAUGUAGGCACCAAAAUAUUCCAUAACAAUAACAAUGCAUGGCACUCUUUACCCAAAAGUUCCCUUGCAGCACAUACAAUAUCAGUAGUAAGACACACAGUGUAAACCCGGGAUCCCCAAUAGGCGGCCUAUCAUUUUAGUUCUUGGACAUAAGACUGUAGAAUCACCAGGAAAUGAGCUCAAAUUGACUUUAAUUUAGGAAAGCUGUUCCCAAGUAUUCCCACUCAUAAAUACAGUUGCAUAUGUGAUCUUAUCCCAAUGUAAUCAAGGUUAGAAAUUAUUCUGUUUUUGUCAAAUACUAUAUCUGUUUGGGAUUCUUGCGGUCAAUUUGCAUUGUACAAAUUAUUUAUAACUAUGUUCCCGCCCCCCCGACCAUCUGCUCAAGGAAAAUUCAGCCCACGGCUAAAUGUAAUUGGGGACCCCUGGUGUAAACAGUUCAAUUAAAGUGUUCUGAAACCCAUGAAAUGACGUUGAUAUUGUCAUAUUCCUAAUGUUUCGUAAUUAAGAUAGAAUCCUUCUCAAAACGUUCUGUUUCUUUGUAGGUAACUGGAGUCUGUGGGGAGACCAACAAAGUGAGUACCCUCAAAGGGAAAUUUCAAAAAAUGUCAACUUCAUAUUCAUCAUCUCCAGCACCACUCCAACAUCAACAUAUGUGAAAAUGGCGCAUCAACCAAUUAGUAGGCAAUGCCUACUCACAAUUGGUCAAAAUCACACGAUGCACACCAACAAUAUCAUUGCAAACGCUUAUCUUCCUCUAUCUUUUUUACUACAAAACAAAAACGCACCAUUUUCACAUACAGUAUGUUGAUGUUGGGGUGGUGCUGAAGAGGAUGAAUAUGAAGUUGACAAAUUGUGAAGUCUCCCUUUAUCACACCCUCUGUCUCUAUUACUCUCUCUUGCUCAUCUAGCUGAUGCUCUUAUAUAAGCAUGGUUCCUCCAUCAGAAUCCCACUCACCCCUGCAGUGUUGCUAAUCCACCUCCAUUCACUUCCUGGAGUGUAGUAGAGGGAGUGGGAGGGAAGGAGCGUUGGGAGGGAGGGAGCGCCACAUGGGAUUAUGAAGGAAAGAGAACUGCUAUCCUGAUUACCGUUGCUGCAUAACUAAAAUACCAUAUUGCACAACUCCUCCAGAAUAACCUCCAACCCACUCUCUUGUGUGGGAAAAGAUAAGUAUGCCUCUUCUGUUUAUACAGCAAGACGAGAUGGAUUAAAAACGCUCUAGAGAUAGGUGUUAUGGCUCUAGCAGGCUUUGUCAGGGUUUUGAACAAUUAUUAUUAUUAUUAUUAUUAUUAUUAAUGAUGAAUAGAUUAAGGUUUGCACUGAGGGUGAUUUGGUUCUGCUCAACUCCCCUACCCCAUCCCACUGGGACCCUAUAGUCUCUGAUCUAUGGCAGCGUAUAACCCCAUUUUACACCUAGAAAUUGAGAUUAUAGAAUGUAAAUGAUGUGGAGUAGAGAGUCGUGACGGAACUAGAUUAUUAUUUAUAUGAUGGCACUCUGGGUGACCUGGAGAGAUGAGCUCAAUGGGAGUUCUAUGGUUGGUGUUAAGAUGGUCCACAUUAGCUGGGAUAGCCACUGUGAAUGAGUGGGCACUGUGAAUGAGUGGGCACUGUGAUUGAGUGGUUUUGAUCAUGAUUCUGCAGCAUUAAAAAAAUAUAUUACUCUGUGGGACAAUAAAGUAAUGAAGUUCUCUACAGUGAGGGAAAAAAUUAUUUGAUCCCCUGCUGAUUUUGUACGUUUGCCCACUGACAAAGAUAUGAUCAGUCUAUAAUUUUAAUGGUAGGUUUCUUUGAACAGUGAGAGCCAGAAUAACAACAAAAAAAUCCAGAAAAACGCAUGUCAAAAAUGUUAUAAAUUGAUUUGCAUUUUAAUGAGGGAAAUAAGUAUUUGACCCUUCUGCAAACAUGACUUAGUAGUUGGUGGCAAAACCCUUGCAGGCAAUCACAGAGGUCAGACGUUUCUUGUAGUUGGCCACCAGGUUUGGACACAUCUCAGGAGGGAUUUUGUCCCACUCCUCUUUGCAGAUCUUCUCCAAGUCAUUAAGGUUUCGAGCCUGACGUUUGGCAACUCGAACCUUCAGCUCCCUCCACAGAUUUUCUAUGGGAUUAAGGUCUGGAGACUGGCUUUGUAAUUCUUUGGAGCGGGCCACCUAAGCAUUUUUUCGGGUCGCCUAAGUCCAAACAGUGUAAAAAAAAUAGAUAUAUUUUCGGGAUGGAAAAACGCUUUCACUGUAAACUUAAACGACUAAAACCAGAUAUAAAGUAUGUAGAAAAGAUCAUGGAGAUUUUUAUAUUUUUUUUAUAAUAUAAUCUUUGAGAACUAGCAAUCACCAAAUAAAAGCUAGACAGUCAGGGAGAAUUGAAAUUCCCAAAACAAUGAAUUUAGCAGUAUUGAGUUUGAGCAAAAGAACACAGCAUUAGCCAUGUCAAAAUGUCAUAGAAAAAGUGCAACAUUUUCUCUCAGCUCCAUGGCAAAAUGUGUAAAUUGCAAGAAAUUUGCUUUAAAAUGCAACAACAAAAAUGAUCUACAAUUUAGCCGACGGGCCGACCAUGACCAUUGCCACACCCCCUGCCGUGCCCACCACCUAAACCCCUUUUUGAUCUUAUUCUGACAAACUGCACAAGAACUUGUCAAAUGGUGUCUUUGCUAAUGCAAUUAGUGAUCACUGUCCUAUUGCCUGUAUUAGAGAUACAAAGCAGAAAAACACUGAUCCUCGUGUAAUUAUGAAAAUGCAUUUGAAAAUGGUCUCUCCCCAAGGGUAGAGUAUUGCUCUGAGCUUUCCUUUGUCAGUUGCAUACCUGAGCCUGAAUUAGCCUUGGAAGUCUUAUCAUAUGCAACUAUAAGAUGCGAUAUGCAACUUUUCAGGGAAGUCAGGAACCAAUAUACACAAUCAGUUAGGAAAGCAAAGGCUAGCUUUUUCAAACAGAAAUUUUCAUCCUGUGGCACUAACUCCAAAACGUUGUGGGACACUGUAAAGUCCAUGGAGAGUAAAAACACCUCCUCCCAGCUACCCACUGCACUGAGGCUAGGAAACACUGUCACCACCGAUAAAUCUACGAUAAUCGAGAAUUUCAAUAAGCAUUUUGCUACGGCUGGCCAUGCUUUCCACCUGGCUACCCCUACCCCGGCCACCUGCUCUGCACCCUCCGCUGCAACUUGCCCAUGCCCCCCCGCUGAAAGAGCUGCAAAAUCUGGACCCCUACAAAUCAGCUGGGCUAGACAAUCUGGACCCUUUCUUUCUAAAAUUAGCCGCCAAAAUUGUUGCAACCCCUAUUACUAGCCUGUUCAACCUCUCUCUUUCGUAUCGUCUGAGAUCCCCAGAGAUUGGAAAGCUGCUGCGGUCAUCCCCCUCUUCAAAGGGGGUGACACUCUAGAUCCAAACUGUUACAAACCUAUAUCCAUCCUACCCUGCCUUUCGAAAGUAUUUGAAAGCCAAGUUAACAAACAGAUCACCGACCACUUCGAAUCCCACCGUACCUUCUCCGCUAUGCAAUCUGGUUUCCGAGCUAGUCAUGGGUGCACCUCAGCCACGCUCAAGGUCCUAAACGAUAUAAUAACCGCGAUUGAUAAAAGACAGUACUGUGCAGCCUUCUUCAUCGACCUGGCCAAGGCUUUUGACUCUGUCAAUCACUGCAUUCUUAUUGGCAGACUAAAUAGCCUUGGUUUCUCAACUGAAUGCCUCGCCUGGUUCACCAACUACUUUUCUGAUAGAGUUCAAUGUGUAAAAUCGGAGGGCCUGUUGUCUGGACCUCUGGCAGUCUCUAUGGGGGUGCCACAGGGUUCAAUUCUCGGGCUGACUCUAUUCUCUGUGUAUAUCAAUGAUGUCGCUCUUGCUGCUGGUGACUCUCAGAUCCACCUCUACGCAGACGACACAAUUUUUUAUACAUCUGGCCCUUCAUUGGACACUGUGUUAACAAACCUCCAAACGAGCUUCAAUGCCAUACAACACCCCUUCCGUGGCCUCCAACUGCUCUUAAACGCUAGUAAAACUAAAUGCAUGCUCUUCAAUCGAACGCUGCUUGCACCCGCCCGCCCGACUAGAAUCACUACUCUCGGCGGGUCUGACUUAGAAUAUGUGGAUAACUACAAAUACCUAGGUGUCUGGUUAGACUGUAGACUCUCCUUCCAGACUCACAUUAAGCAUCUCCAAUCCAAAGUUACAUCUAGAAUCGGCUUCCUGUUUCGCAACAAAGCCUCCUUCACUCAUGCUGCUAAACAUGCCCUCGUAAAACUGACUAUACUACCGAUCCUUGACUUCAGCGAUGUCAUUUACAAAAUAGCUUCCAACACUCUACUCAGCAAAUUGGAUGUAGUCUAUCACAGUGCCAUCCGUUUUGUCACCAAAGCCCCAUAUACUACCCACCAUUGUGACCUGUACGCUCUCGUUGGCUGGCCCUCACUACAUAUUCGUCGCCAAACCCACUGGCUCCAGGUCAUCUAUAAAUCACUUCUAGGCAAAUCCCCGCCUUAUCUUAGCUCACUGGUCACCAUAGCAACACCCACCCGUAGUAUGCGCUCCAGCAGGUAUAUCUCACUGGUCAUCCCCAAAGCCAACACCUCCUUUGGCCGCCAUUCCUUCCAGUUCUCUGCUGCAAAUGACUGGAACGAACUACAAAAAUCUCUGAAGCUGGAGACACUUAUCUCCCUCAUUAACUUUAAGCAUCAGUUGUCAGAGCAGCUUACUGAUCACUGUACCUGUACACAGCCCAUCUGUAAUUAGCCCACCCAACUACCUCAUCCCCAUAUUGUUAUUUACAUUGUUAUUUAUUUUGCUCAUUUGCACCCCAGUAUCUCUAUUUGCACAUCAUCUUCUGCACAUCUAUCACUCCAGUGUUAAUACUAAAUUGUAAUUAUUUUGCACUAUGGCCUAUUUAUUGCCUUACCUCCAUAACUUACUACAUUUGCGCACACUGUAUAUAGAUGUUCUAUUGUCGAUUGUGUUAUUGAAUGUAGGUUUUUGUUUAUCCCAUGUGUAACUCUGUGUUGUUGUUGUUUUUAUCGCACUGCUUUGCUUUAUCUUGGCCAGGUCGCAGUUGUAAAUGAGAACUUGUUCUCAACUGGCUUACCUGGUUAAAUAAAGGUGAACUAAAUAAAUAAAUAAAUAAAUGUAUCUUUGUCUCUCUGGCGGACUGACAUGCCCCCCUUUAAACGCCUUAGAGUUAAAAAGGAAUAAAUCAUUUGUUCUCUUCAGAGCUUUCUGACCUUAUUAUAAUGAGAAAUCAAUCCUGGGCUAGAAAAACUGACUCGAUAGCUGAUUGUCAGCUUUUCAGGCAAAUGAGAAAUAGAUGCACUUCCUCAAUUAAGAAGGCUAAAUCAAGCUACUUUCUAAAUUCUAUUUCAGACUCUGCUAAUGAUGCAGCUACAUUUAGGAAAAUAGUUAAUGCACUGAAGCGUGGAAAUUCCACCCAUUUCCUGCCUAAGCACGUUCUGUCUGACACUGGCAUCAUUACUGAACAAUGUUAGAUACGUGAUACAGUUAAUUAGCAUUUUAUCUCUGGAGGCUUCUUAUGUGAAAGAAAUAGUGGUUUAACUGACCCUUUAGUUAGUUUAGUUUAGUCAGACCACUGGUCUGGAAAGUGGCCCAUGUUCUCCCCCUUUACAAAGGUGGUGACCCUUGUGACCUUAAUAAUUAUCAUCCUAUUUCUAAACUUUCUUGCCUAGAUAACAUGUUUGAAUUCUUGAUUAAUGCUCAGCUAAGAUACAGUAUUUCUUAACUUCCAAAUCUAUUCUAAAUGUACAUCAGGAGAACUUCAGACCAGGGCAUAGCACCAUCUCGGCAGAAUCACUGGUUUUAAAUGAUGUGGUACAUUUUUUCACUAGGAAGAAACACUGUGCUGCUGUAUUCAUUGACUUGUAUAAAGCAUUCAUAACUGUCGUCCACUCUUUACUAAUUCAAAGGUUGUCUGAAAUUGCCCUGAAUCAGGCUUAAUGUAAUUGGAUUAAACACUACAAGACAGACAGGACACUGUGUAUUUUUUGAUGGUGUUAAGUCGAGUUUCCUUGAUAUUACGAAAGGUAUCCCACAGGUGUGUAUUUUAGGUCCUGUACUUUUUACUGUCAAUAUAAAUAAUAUUGGUCUAUCUGCAAAAAGAAAAAUAACAUACACCUAUAUGUAGAUGACACUGUAAGGUUGACCAGGCUUUUUUGGCGCUGCAAUCUGCCUUUGUUGCUUUGCAGAAAGCCAUUGUUGAAGUGCAAUUGGUACUUAAUGCAGGUAAAACAAAGUACAUGAUGUUUUCAAAUUCACUUAAAAAUGUAUCUGAGGAUUUACGCAUAUGUACAUUGGAUGGUGCCCACAUUGAUCGUGUCCUUAUAAAUAUCUGGGCAUCUGGAUUGAUGAAAGGUUAUCUUUUAAAAAGCAUAUGGAUGAGUUAGUUAAGCAGUGGAGAAUAAAAAUAGGCUUCUUCUUUAGAAAUAGAUCAUGCCUCUCCCUGAACAGCAGAAAUCAGAUAAUUCAGUCAACUUUCCAAACAGUGCUAGACUACGGUGACACAAUAUAUAUGAAUGCAGCUGCCACUACACUGAAACCAGUAGAUGCAGUUUACCACAGCGCACUUUUAUACACUGCUCUCUUUUUGUUUAUAAAACCCUCUUGCAUAAACUUCCGCCAUACCUUCAUUUUUAAAUGACAGACAUAUGAGUUACCAGAACACAGGGAUGGCUAACUCUAGAGGUCCCGUUGAUCUCUACGAAAUUAGGUAAAUCUGCAUUCUGUUUUUUUGUGCCCCAUGUAUGGAAUGAUCUGCAGAUCUCUCUGCACCUUGAUGCUCUGUUACCUCUAGGCCAGUUGAAGUUGUUGAUGGAGAACAUAUGUCUUGAGGAAGGUGAUUGCUUACAUUUCUUGUAAAUAUUGGAUGUUUUUAUUUUUAAAAAAUUGUAAAUGUUGUAUAAUUUAUGUACAUGCAGGGCUCCCUUGCAAAAGAGGCCUUGGUCUAAAUGGGAUUUCCCUGUUAAAAUAAAUGUUAAAUAAAUACAAACUGGCAGUGUAACCGGGCAAGAUUUAGUCAGAUUCCUGUGUGAACAGGUUCCAAUGUUUUAAAAUGUGAACACAACAGACAUCAUCUGAACCAGUCCAAAUGAGAUGAGUCUAGACUAUCUGUGUGAACGACAGUCCCAAAUCUCCACAAUGUAAAUGUAGCUUUAGUCUCACCCACUCUCUCCUAUACCCAUUCUCUCAAGAGUGACAGCUUCACUUUCACUUUCAGGUCUAAGUUAGUCCCUGAGAGGGAGAGAAUAGAAAGAGUCAGUGUUGCAGACCUCCACACUGUUCAUUGACCAGCUAUUCUCAAUAGUCUGGUUCCUCUCAAGGUUUCUUCCUGCCCCAAGGGAGUUGUCCCUCCAUCCCGUGUCACUGUUCCUCGAGGAUAACCAGGGCCCUGAUUAAUUUAAUGAUCAUUUAUUGAAUGUGUUCCCCUCCCCUCCCCCCCACUCCCCUCCCCUCCAGAUGAGGACCCAGACAGUGCUGUGGAUGACAGAGACAGUGACUAUCGCAGUGAGACCAGUAACGGCAUCCCUCCACCCUACUACACCACGUCCCAGCCCAACGCCUCCGUCCACCAGUACCCCAUCAGAGACCAACAGAACCGCCCCUCCUUCUACCCCCCCUCCAACAGCUGUGACCCCCUCGACUACCACCAGAGGGCCAUUAGGUGGGUGUUGUCCUACUCCCGUCUAUUUGUUUGCUGCCUGAUCUCCUGCUUCAGCUCAGUGCUUGCCUUGUAGGCCUGUUCCCCUUUGGCUGAGGAAAAGACACACUCCCCUGCCUGGGUUCCCUGACUGGGUUCCCUGACUGGGUUCCCUGGCCUGUCCCUCUCUCGCUGCUUCUUCAUGCAUUAUUCAACAAACAAUCUCAUGGUCAAUAGUGUGUGUGUGUGUGUGUGUGUGUGUGUGUGUGUGUGUGUGUGUGUGUGUGUGUGUGUGUGUGUGUGUCCGAAAUGUGGCUUGCCUACUACUUUCCUAAACUAAAUAAUGUGUACUAAUCGUACUACAUACUAUUUAGAACGUACUGUUUAGGACAAACGUAUGCAGUAAGCAACAAAUAUCAACAUACUACUCCAUACUGAGAAGGCAUCAAAUCAAAUCAAAUUGUAUUUGUCACAUACACAUGUUUAGCAGAUGUUAUUGCAGGUGUAGCAAAAUGCUUGUGUUUCUAGCUCCAACAGUGCAGUAUAUCUAACAAUUCACACAAUACACACAACCUAAAAGUAAAAUAAUGGAAUUAAGGAAUAUAGAAAUAUUAGAAAUAUUAGGAUGAGCAAUGUCGGAGUGGCAUAGACUAAAAUACAGUAGAAUAGAAUACAGUAUAUCCAUAUGAGAUGAGUAAAGCAAAAAUAUGUAAACAUAAUUAGUGACUAGUGUUCCAUUAUUAAAGUGGCCAGUGAUUUCAAGUCUAUGUAUAUGGGGCAGCAGCCUCUAAGGUGCAGGGUUACGUAACCGGAUGGCCUUGAGAUAGAAGCUGUUUUUCAGUCUCUCGAUCCCAGCUUUGAUGCACCUGUACUGACCUCGCCUUCUGGAUGAUAGUGGGGUGAACAGGCAUUGGCUCGGGUGGUUGAUGUCCUUGAUGAUCUUUUUGGCCUUCCUGUGACAUCGGGUGCUGUAGGUGUCCUGGAGGGCAGGCAGUGUGCCCCCAGUAAUGCGUUGGGCAGACCGCACCACCCUCUGGAGAGCCAUGCGGUUGCGGGCGGUGCAGUUGCCGUACCAGGCGGUGAUACAGCCCGAAAGGAUGCUCUCAAUUGUACAUCUGUAAAAGUUUGUUGCGCCUUCUUCACCACACUGUCUGUGUGGGUGGACCAUUUCAGAUCGUCAGUGAUGUGUACGCCGAGGAACUUGAAGCUUUCCACCUGCUCCACAGCGGUCCUGUCAAUGUGGAUGGGGGCGUGCUCCCUCUGCUGUUUCCUGAAGUCCACGAUCAUCUCCUUUGUUUUGUCGACAUUGAGGGAGAGGUUAUUUUCCUGGCACCACACUCCCAGGGCCUUCACCUCCACUCUGUAGGCUGUUUUGUCAUUGUUGGUAAUCAAGCCUACUACUGUUGUGUCGUCUGCAAACUUGAUGAUUGAGUUGGAGGCGUGCGUGGCCACGUAGUCAUGGGUGAACAGGGAGUACAGGAGGGGGCUGAGCACGCAUCCUUGUGGGACCCCUGUGUUGAGGAUCAGCGAUGUGGAUGUGUUGUUUCCUACCAUCACCACCUGGGGGCAGCCCGUCAGGAAGUCCAGGACCCAGUUGCACAGGGCGGGGUUCAGACCCAGGGCCCCCGAGCUUAAUGAUGAGCUUGGAGGGUACUAUGGUGUUGAAUGCUGAGCUAUAGUCAAUGAACAGCAUUCUUACAUAGGUAUUCCUCUUGUCCAGAUGGGAUAGGGCAGUGUGCAGUGCAAUGGUGAUUGCCUCGUCUGUGGAUCUAUUGGGGCGGUUAGCAAAUUGAAGUGGGUCUAGGGUGUCAGGUAAGGUGAUAUGAUCCUUAACUAGCCUCUCAAAGCACUUCAUGAUGACAGAAGUGAGUGCCACGGGGCGAUAGUCAUUUAGUUCAGUUACCUUUGCUUUCUUGGGUAUAGGAACAAUGGUGGACAUCUUGAAGCAAGUGGGGAUAGCAGACUGGGACAGGGAGAGAUUGAAUAAGUCCGUAAACACUCCAGCCAGCUGGUCUGUGCAUGCUCUGAGGACACGGCUAGGGAUGCCGUCUGGACCGCGUCCCCUAUUCUGAUUAUCAGCUGUUGUCGAACACAAGUGGGUGUGAAAUACAAUUAUCUUCCUCAAGAAUGUGCAGCGAAUUCCACUAGAUGAAAAGCCGAAAUGAGUAUGACAUCAUGGCAUUUAAAGCAUACAACAUUUCGAAAUGUCACAGAAUGUAGUUCACAAAAGUUCAAUCAGGAAGGCGGGUCUGAAUGCUUGUUUAACUUCAUCCAGUUAGCAUAACAUAAUUGACAUUGUUUCCUAUUCUAAGAGCAUAGUGGGUAUAAACACAAACGUAUCAUCAUCAGCAUAGCGUCUUGUUUCUUCUCCUCUUUCCUGUUAGCCAUGUGAGGAACGUCAUUCACCUAUUUACCUUAUAGCCUAUAAGCACGGAACAAUAAUGUACAUUCCUCACACUUGCUGUUUAACCUACGGGCUCACUUUUGCAAUUAUCACAUUCCUCUCUCUCAACCAAUGGGCGUCAAUCUUUGGAUGUAUUUAUAUGUCAACUUACCCUUGUUCUCUCACUUGCUGUUUUUCAGCAACAAUUCUCGCCAACCAUCCACCUCCCCACAACCACCAGCUAUAAUAACCUUAGGGCCCGUCAUUGGAACUCCUUUCCGCCAGCAGGGGGGUUUUGAUGCCAGCAUCCCCUCAUAGUCCCAGUCGGUAUUAGAUAGAACAUCGCGGCCCCACCCUGUGUGGGGAAAACAACCUGUGGUUACCUAUGUUACUCCAUUGGCUCACAGCAAAAUCUUGACCUGUUUCAAACGCCAUUUUCGUGUCUGCUCGUUUUAAUCAAUUACAAAACUACAUUCAAGAAAAGUGCAUGUCUAAAGAUUACUUUUCAACAUUGCCUGCUCCCUACCAUUCUCACUACUCAGAGAAAACGUAAUAUUGUAGGGCUUCCCUCAUGCCCCUUUUCAUGACGUGCUUGCAGCCACGUGAGUGCUAGCUAGCCAAGACCAACCACACAAACAAACGGACUACAUAGCUAUAGGUAGUGAGUGGAGUUACAAACGGACUACACAAGUAAAAUGUCUUACCUGUGAUUUUAAAUGUUUUCCACACACAUAGCUACAUGUAGUCUACUUCGACAUUGGGUUCCCACAUUUCCCACUCUCUCACGGCCAAUAGCCUGAAGCCACAGGGCUCUUCUCACUGCCUCCAUUUCCCUACGUGGGAGCAUUGCGACUUUCGGUCGGGAUUUUUUACCUGGUUACAUGUACAUUGAACAACACAGCAGCUUUUCGGCAUGUUUUGUUAUUUCUGUAUAACAAAACCUUGACAAUGAAGUUGGCUCUUUUACAUUGGGGGUCAAUUGGAAAGAAUGUUUGUUUUCCCAAAAUUGUGGUCGAGGGAAAUUCCUUAUUAUUACGUGAAUAUCGACUCGGAGUAUAGAGCUACCUGCCAUCACAUCUGGCUCCAAGGAUCUUCCCUCGGAGACGAGGCCAUUCCCCAAACAAUUUUAUAAAAUGUCAUAUUUCAUUCCAUCUUUGUUGUCCAUUCAGUCAAGCCUGUAUAAGAUUGAACUAUAAAACGCUCCAUUUUCGGAUACCCAAAAAGCCUACUAUUUAGAAUGCAAGUAUGGGUAUUCGGACACGGCCAGUGAGUGUGUGAGUGUGUCUGUAUCCUUUCCUUUACCUUUCUCUCUUCUCUGCUCACCCCCUCUCCCUCUCUCUCUCUCCCUCUCUCCAUUCUUUCUUUAAUAGCCUCAUUUAUCAUGGCGUAUACUGUACAUACUCCUCCUGUGUUUGUUCCCUGUGAGGAUGCUUGUUCUUUUUCACUUGUCACCUUUCUGUUCUGCUCUAUUUCUUUCUCUCUCUUCUCUCUUCUCUCUCUCUCUCUCUAUUUCCCUAAUUGUAUUUCUCUCUCUGUCUGACACUCUGCUGUCGCCAUUAACUCUCAUUGAUUAACCAUCAGUUUUACCUUCACAGUCAGGUGUUUUACUAUUGCUCAGGGAUGCUCUGGACAUUGUCUCUGUCUGUCCCGUCAUGUUGGUUACUGCUUCCUAUUCUUUUUAUCCUUCCCCCUUUCUCUCUUCUCUCUCUCCCCCCAUUUAUCUUUGUUUCCCUGUCUUGCUCCCCCUUCCUCUCCAGUCCGACGGGAAGCUAUGCGUCGUCGGCAGAGUUGAGUCACUGCAGCAGCCAGUUGAGUGAGGAGGAGUACGGCCCGGAAUACAGAGAGAGAGACCCUUACGAUGAGAAUGACUCCUACCACUCCUGCCACUCCUCUGUCAGCUACAGCAAAGGUUCUCCCGACUGGGACCCCGACGAGACCCAGGGGGCGUACAGCGAUGGGGGGGACUACAGUAAGGACGGGGGCGAGGAGGGGGCCCUCUAUGAGGAGGAUGACGGGGGUCUGUAUGAGGAAGAGGGAGCGUAUGAAGGAAAGGAGGGGCACAUAUAUGACGAUGAGGAUUACCAUCUGGAUGGGACCCACAGUGAGGAUAUGGAGGUCCCCUACACCCCCACCCCCACCAGCACGGCACCCCCCACACUGGACGUCCCAGGUGCUUCUAGACCCCCCCUGGAGAAACAGCCCUCUCUGCAUCAACAGCAGGCGCCACCUGGCCAACCGCCCAGCCAUGCCCCAAAUCAGGCCCACCCUCCAGGCAUGGCUCCAGUUGGACAGCCCCCGGGUCAGCCACCCACCCAGGCCCCUCAAGCCCAGUCUCAGCCUCAGCCAGCCCCUGCCCCAGCCCUUGCCCCAGCCCAGUCCUUCUUCUCCAUGGCCAAGCCCUUCUCAGCAGCAGUAACAGGCCUGGCCUCCUCUUUCCUGUCAUCUGGAGUCCCUACUUCCCAACCUGCCCAGGCUCACCCCCCAGCCUCCCAACCCCAGCCCCAGUCUGCUUCCUCCAUCCCCCCAUCUCACCCCGCCAUUGCCACCCCUCCCCCCCAUGGGCCCCAGUCCACAACCACUGGCCCCCCCUCUCAGCCGACCCCCUUCACUGCCUCUGCCUCUCAGGCCCAGCCCCCUGCCCCUACAACCACCCAAUCAGAGGGCCCUGAUGCCAAACCCCCCCUGCCAGCGGACCAACUCCUCCUAGAGGAAGAUAAACCCCUUCCCCCAAAAAAUUAG